GUCCGCACUUACGUAGCCCCAGUAAUCCUUACGUCAUAUUUAUGCUGCCUUGCAAUUCUGCAGCUAAAGAAGAGCAAGGACAAAGGCUGCGUUUUUUACAUGUUUUGUGGGAAAACCCGUCUAAUGAAAGGAAGCGUUUGUUUUGGUGGUGGGGGCUUGCCAUCCGAAUCCGACCGACUGUCCGUCUGAAAUAGGGAAUGAACGACGAGACAGCCUCGGACAGCUGGAACAGAAACUCCGGGUGCUCCAGUAUUGAGCAAAUGCUGGCUGUGAAUCCCGGAAAGACGCCGAUUAGUCUGCUGCAGGAAUAUGGAACGCGGAUAGGCAAGACCCCGGUGUAUGACCUGCUGAAGGCCGAGGGACAGGCCCACCAGCCCAACUUCACCUUCCGCGUCUCCGUGGGAGAGAUCAGUUGCACGGGCCAAGGCCCCAGCAAGAAAGCGGCCAAGCACAAGGCGGCCGAAGCGGCGCUGAUGAUGCUCAAGGGGGGCCUGGCAGGUCCCAUAGGUUUUGGAAUUGAAGGAGACUCAUUUAUUGGGGUUGAUGUCCCUGCAAAUGAAGAAAGCAUUGUGUGCAGCUCUUCAUGUGAGAUGAAGAUUUUAGGCACUUCGCAGCAAUCGGAAUGUAACCCCGUUGGAGCUCUGCAGGAACUGGUGGUCCAGAAGGGGUGGCGUCUACCAGAGUACACAGUGACACAAGAGUCCGGUCCGGCGCAUCGCAAGGAAUUCACCAUGACCUGCAGAGUGGAGAAAUUUAUGGAAAUUGGUAGUGGUACAUCCAAGAAGUUGGCCAAGAGGAACGCGGCUGCCAAAAUGCUUGCACGGAUACACGAUGUCCCGGUGGACCUUAGGACCAGCAACGAUGGAGACGCAGAAGAUGAUACAUUCAACACGCAUGCGGGGAGCAGGGCAGAGUCGGGCAAGAGCAAAGGCUACAGCUGCACGUGGGAUGCGCUGAGGAACUCGGCUGGUGAGAAGAUUCUACAGCUGCGAAGUCACCCCCUGGGCAUACCUGAUGACUCCAACUUCUGCUCGAUACUCGAUGAUCUGUCAGCUGAGCAGUGCUUUGACAUCAGCUACCUAGAUCUCGAGGAGCGAAGCCUGAGUGGCCGGUGCCAGUGUCUGGUGGAGCUGUCCACGCAGCCAAUCACGGUGUGCCACGGCUUUGCCGCGAACACUGAGGACGCUCGUGCCAACGCUGCCCACAAUGCACUGCAGUACCUUAAAAUCAUGGCGGGGGCGAAGUGACCGUCGUGGAUGAUGACAACUUGAAAUACCUCCUAUUUUUACAAAAGAAGACCUCUUUGAAAAUGCCGCUUAUUUGACGUCAAAAUGAUACAAGUGAAGAUUUACAUGUUCCCAAAUGUCCGUUUUCUCUUGUGGGAUCAUCUCUCACACUUAUUUGUUGACGUAAAAAUAAGUACAGAUUCAGCUUCAAGUCCAUUUAUCCAUCAAGGCGCUAUCAAGGAUUCUGACUUUCUGAUGAAGUCAAAGAGAUCUCACACACAAUAAAGACACUUCUGAAUAAAAGUUUUAACAAUAUCAAUUUGGAAAAGGUAAGAACGGUGUUUGUUUUUGUCAUGGAAAUGAUUUUUAAGACUUUUUUUAAAAAUGAGCACAUGGGUCAAUGGACUCGUUAUAAACGUUUGAAUCUUUUUGGGACAAUGUGGAAUCGUCCUAUUCAAACACCAAUUCAAAUGUACAACUUGUUGCCAGUGUCGAAAAAAUGUUGAAUUACCUCAGUGUGAGACUUCUGUUCCAAAGGAGAUUUCUUUUUUAAUAUAGUCAACAAAGUAUUCACGUCAUCUUUUUUUUUUCCUUUCUGGUUUAGUUUGGACUUCUGCAGCAUUCUGUGUGCUGUUGCACAUGUAUAUUAAGCCAUGUACACUGUGUGUGGAUCCUUGUAGAAGAUUAUUCAAGUGCUGCUCUCUGUCUUUAUCAUUUUUUUUGUUUAUGAAUACCCCCAACUAUGUUCUGCCCCCUUUUUAUUUUAAAUGGACCUUGUGAAAAACAUUAAAACAAUGAUAAUCAAAUUCAAGUUGUUGCAAAGCUGACUGAAUUGAAUUGCACUUUCAACUAUUUUGCAACCUGUCACAAUAACUUGCAGAAUUUUAUGCAUAC